UUUCUUGUCGAAGCCGAUUGGUCCGUUUCAAACUCAGAGCGCCGUCCUGUUAUUUUGUUUAGCUCUACGUUGGUUAGCAUACAAAAGAAUAUUCUUCUGUUUUAGCACCCGAUGUUCCAGAUAUAACAGCAACGAUGAUGGAAUCAUGCCUGGACAAGGCUGACAAGCAGGAACAGGUAGAAGCUGACGUUUUGAAAGGGGCGCACUUAUCAGAAGUUGGCACCUUACCAGACUCACAGGAUUACUGCACCGAGGAGAAAGAGCACCUUCAGGUCUACCUCCGAGUCCGACCUUUCACCUCAGCAGAGACAAACAGUGGAGAGUCUCAGGACUGUGUUAGCAUCGAGCUCCCUGACACAGUUCUGCUCAAGCCUCCCAGUUCGUCCCUCUCAGCAAGACUGAGCACCGACAAAGGUUUUCCACAGACUGGACAGCGCUUCCAGUUCUCUCAGGUGUAUGGCCCUGAGACAACACAGAGAGAGCUGUUUGCAGGCACGGUGAAGGAUUUGGUGAAAGAUGUUCUCGAAGGCAGAAACUCUCUGGUUUUCACUUAUGGAGUCACAAAUGCUGGGAAGACCUUUACAUUCCUCGGUCCGGAUUCUGACGCCGGCAUCCUGCCCAGGUCUCUCGAUGUCAUCUUCAGCAGCAUCGAUGAAAAGGUUUUCCCUGGAAUGAGCAUCAAGCCGCAUCGCUGCCGAGAGUUCACAAGGCUCACUGUGGAGCAGCAGACGGAGGAAGCAUUGUUCAAACGAAGCCUCCUCAGACAGCUAAAAGAGAGUGCAAAGACCAACAUCAGUCUGUUGAACUCGACCAACAGGACUGUCAGUGAAGGCACCUCCAUGCUGUGGACCAAUGCAGAGGGUGAAAUCUCACUGGAGGUGGAAGCUAACACCAGGUUCUCUGUUUGGGUUUCUUUCUGUGAAAUUUACAACGAGAACAUUCACGACCUCCUGGAAGUGGCGCCUGGUGGGGCCCUGAGGAGAACAGCACUGCGCCUCUCGCAGGAUGUCAAGGGAAACGCGUUUGUCAAAGAUCUGCGCUGGGUUCAGGUUAACAGUGCCGAAGAGGCGUACAUGGUGAUGAAGCUGGGAAAGAAGAACCAGAGCUUCUCCUCCACUCGACUUAAUCACCUGUCCAGCAGGAGCCACAGUAUUUUCUCCAUUCGAAUUUUGAGGAUUGAGGAUGUCGGGACACCGAGGGUCCAAACUGUCAGCGAGUUGUGUCUGUGUGACCUGGCUGGCUCUGAGCGUUGUGCGAAGACUCACAACAAAGGAGAGCGUCUGAAAGAAGCAGGAAACAUCAACACGUCGCUGCUCAUUCUGGGAAAAUGCAUCAAUGCUCUGAGACACAAUCAGCAGGCCAAGCUGCUGCAGCAUGUUCCCUUCAGAGAAAGCAAGCUGACCCACUACCUGCAGAGCUUCUUCUGUGGUCGGGGUAAAGCCUGCAUGAUCGUCAACAUCAACCAGUGCGCCUCCAUGUACGACGAGACGCUCAACGUCCUCAAGUUCUCUGCUGUGGCGCAGAAGGUUGUAGUUCUGUCCUCCAAACCCCUUCCCUUCAUGCCACAGAGGUCUGCCGGUGAGGUUUCCUUCAUCAUGAACAGCACAGAGAGGAAAGCUCUCCGGAGCAGCAGGACGAGCUCCCUGAUGGGCUUUGAAAGCAGUCUGGAGGACGUACAGGAGGAUGAGGAUGAUGAGUGUGAGGAAGAGGAGAGCAUGAUGAUGGACACCACGGAUCAGACCGAAGCCGAAGAAGACGGUGAUAACGAUGAAGAUAAUAUUCUCAUCUGUAAGAAGACGCAUCAGAGGCAGGUGGUGCUGUUAAAACACCUGCAGGUGCAGCUGAAGAAGGCCAGAGCCGAAAGUCUGCUCAUGGAGUCCCGAGUCCGAGAGGACAUCAGCAAAGAGUUCUCCGAGCUUUUCUCCGAGAUGCAGAACGAUUACAAUGAGCGUCUGGCCAGGGAGAGAGAAAUCCUGGAGGAGCGAGCUGAAAGGAGGCUGGAGAUUUUCAAGAACCUCAUCAACAAAAUGGCUGCUGGACCCAGUCGAGAUGCAGAAGCCGUGGACAAAUUUCUGAACUCCUGCUCCUCUGAACUGGUGGGAGGAAAGAAAUCCACUGAUGCCGCACAGAGAAGUGUAGAUCCAGGCCGAGCAGGGCCUCGGGCAGGUGCUGAGCUAGAACUGAAUGAAGGGCAGCAGGAAGCCCCGGAACCGCUGGCUCACAAGCGCAAUGCCGGUGAAGCCAGAGGAGAUGAGGACGAGGAGAAGAGGACACUCCUCUUCGAGCUCCAAGAAAUGUCAUCAGAACUUUCCCGGCUGGAGAAACAAGUGGCAGACCUGCAGAGGACAGCAGAGCUGGCCCAAGAGAAGAGCUCACGUGAGAAAGAGCAGCUGCAGGGGGCUUUGACAGCUCUCCAGAAGGAGCUCCGAGCCAGAGAAGAGGCCUUUGCUGUGUUGGAGGGCCAGACUUUGGGAAAAGAGGAGGCACUAGCAUCUUUAAAGGAGGAGAGGAAAAAAAGGGACGAGGCCAUUGCAGCACUUGGAGAUCUAAAGCAAAGUAACGAGAAGAUGCUGGAGUCCCUUGAAGAAGAGAGGAAAGGCAAAGAGAAAGCAGUGGCAGCCCUGGAAGCUGAGAGGAGAGCCAAGGAGGAGGCCAUCGCAGCACUCGCUGCUCUUCAUGAAGAGAAGAGUAGCAGGGAGGAGGAGGAGAGGAAGGAGAUAAGCAGGCUGGCAGAGCAGAGGAGGCACGAGGAGGCGGACACACUCCGAAAAGAACUGGGAGAGCUGACCGUGAAACUGGAAACCACAGAACACCAGGUGACCAGCAACGCAGAGAGAGCUGAAAAAGCCUUUGUCCAACUACAAGCCGCUCAAGCACAAGUGGAUGAACAAGCCAAGGUGAUUCAGGAGAAGUGUUCCCAGAUCCAAACUCUGACACAGGAAGCUGGAAGGCUAAAGCAGGAACUGCACACCUCUGCAGUGUCACAUGGUGCGAAUGAGAAACUGCAAGAGGAAGUGUCUCAGUUUCAGAAGAGCCUGGCUGAGGAAAGACAGAAAACUGAGGCCAAGCACAGAGAAGUGCUGGAUCUGGAGCACGUGCUGGCUGAGGUCAAACAACAGCUGGCACACAAACAGCUGAUCCUGGACCAGCAGCUGGAGCUGUCCAAUCAGAAGGAGGCAGCUUCAAAACAGGAAGUUGAAGAACUGCAAAAUAAACUUAAGCAGCAAGGAGAGAUGUCACAGGCACCACUGGAUGAUCUCCAAACUCAGCUCGAGUGCCAAAAACGGGCUUCCAGAGAGGAAGCGGAGGAGCUGAGAGGAAAACUCAAGCAGCAGACGGCGGCCUCGGAAAGGCAGGUCGAGCAGCUCAAAGAGAGGCUGCGAGAACAAGAAGCAUCAUCGCUACAGCAGCUGGAAGAGUUGAAACGCAGACUGAGUGAACAAAAAUCCGAUUCCAGCAAGCUCGUAGAUGACCUCAGACAGAAGCUCAGCGAGCAGGAGCGAGCUGCAGAGUGCCUCAGGACUGACCUGGAAGACGCCAGGAUUCACUCAGAGGCUAAAGAUCUCACGAAGCUGAACUCUGACCUCCAGGCUGAGGCUGCGUCACUCAGGGAAAAAGUUUCCAAUAUAGAGAAAACAAAGGAGUCCUGCAAAACCGAAGCUCAGUCAUCGUCCUCAGAGACCGAGAGGAUGCUGGCAGAAAAGGACAGUCAGAUGGAGGAGAAGCUGGCAGAGCUGCAGAAAGAGCUGCUGGAAAAGGAUGCACAGGUAACAUCCCUGAAGAAGAGUUUGCAGGAGGCUCAGGAGCAGCGUGAGGAGGACGAGUGCCAAGCUGUUCAGGAGGCCCGGCGCAAGGAGGUCGAAAGGAGACGGGAGCUGCUGGCGGUGGCGCACGAGGCCAUCGCUCAGAAGGAAGCCGAACUGAAGAAGAGAGACGAGGAGAUCAGCAGGCUAAAGGAAGACGCCAAGCAGGACUCGGAGAAGGUGAAGAGCCUCAGCGUGGACCUUCAGAGGAAGGAGGAGGACUCUUCAGACCUCCGAGAGAAGCUGGCUGACUACAAGAAGCAGAUCCAGCAGGUCCAGAAGGAGAUUUCAGCCAUGAGAGAAGAGGAGAAGGCUCUGAAGCACAAACUGUCCGACGCUGAGAUAGCAAAGAAGCAGCUUCAGUCUGACCUCGCCGGCAGAGACCGAACCAUCCAGCAGCUCAAAGUGGAGCAGUCAUCUCAUGCAAAGUCUGACCAGACGCUCCAGCUCUACCAGCAGGCCUGUAAAGAGCUCGAGGCCAAGGAGCGGGUGAUGGAGGGCAUGCGUUUGGCUCUGUCGGAGCAGGAGGAUACUCAGGAGCAGAUGGAGCAGGUCCUGGAGGAGAAACUUAACCUCAUCCAGGAGCUCUCCAGUGAGGUGGAAAAAUUGAAAGAGAUGAUGCAGCAGCAGGGAAGUGGAAACAACACACACCAGCAGCUCAGCAACAGCCAAUCAGAUGACUUCAAACGGGCCAAACAGGAAGCAGCUGAAGCUCAGGACAGCAUGAAGCUUUCUGCAGAGAAGCACCAGGCGGACCGCAGGAAAUGGCUGGAGGAAAAAGUCUCUCUGAUCGGCCAAGCUAAAGAGGCCGAGGACAAGAGGAACCAAGAAAUGAGGAAGUUUGCAGAAGACAGAGAGCGCUGCACUCGGCUGCAGAGCGAGCUGGAAUCCCAGCUGGCUGAAAAGGAGAAAACCAUGGAGAAGUGGAGGCAGGAGAGAGACACUCUGGUCGCAGCUUUGGAGGUGCAGCUAAAAAGGCUUCUUUCCAGCCAAGCAGAGAAAGACAAGCUCAUCCAGCAGCUGCAGCAAAAUAACACACAGCCGCCACAAGAGGGCAGCGACGGUGGUCCCAGCGCAGCGACGCUGCAGGCUGCUCUGUCUGAAAAGGAGGCAGAGAUCCUGAGGCUGAGGGAGCAGCUCGAGGCCUCCACAGUCAAUCAGGAGGACACAGUGACACAGCAGCGGACUGAAAACAAAGAGAGCUCUGCUGCUCUCAUGGAGAAACCCAGGAGUGAAACCAUUGUCAGGAAGUCUGGAAGGAAGGAUGCCAGAGCGUCCGUCAGCAGCCAGGUUUCAAGCGGCUGUCCGUCAGUCCUGGAGUCCUCUGAGAUUUCCACAGAAGAGGGCAGAAUGAGCCGCUUCCCUCGGCCCGAGCUGGAGAUCUCCUUCAGCCCGCUGCAGCCCAACCGCAUGGCUCUGCGCCGGCAGGGAGAGGAGGGCGCCGUGACCGUCAAAAUCACCCGCUCAGCACGCAAGAGGAAGAGCGGCGAGAUGGAGAAGGAAGAAGUGGCGGCAGAAAACAGGCGGAACACGAGAACCAAACUGACGCCAAAGCUGACCCCACACCGGGAAGAGAGCUCCUCCCCAGCGGGUCGUCACGACUCCCAGAUCAGUGUCCGCAGCAGAAAGGAAGGAACGCUGCAGAAGAUCGGAGACUUCCUGCAGAGCUCCCCCACGCUGCUCGGCACUAAAGCCAAGAAGAUGAUGAGCCUGGUGAGCGGACGGGCCGACGCAGAUUCAGCAGCCUCCUCUUCCUCCCUCAGUCUGAGAGCAAAGAAGAACAAAAGGAAACUCUACAGGCCCGAAAUCUCCUCCCCCAUGGACAUGCCCUCGCACCCAAUCAUCAGCAGAGAGCCGGAGGAGAAAGAGAGCGACCAUCAGAUCAUCAAGAGGCGCCUUCGAUCCAGGAAGGCCAAAUAAUCCAUCUGCAUUCAUCACUGCGCACACUUUUCUGCUUUCUUUUUUUAAUAACAAACAAAGCUGCUUCCAGUGUAACACUAAGAGUUUCAUGCGAUCCAACAUCUCUCUAAAUUCUGAUUUUCUGCUGAAAGUUGAGGAUCGUAGAUACAAGGCCACGUGACAAAACCCGACCUGGUCAGGGUUUUCCCCGCCCUCAUGGUCAGUGACAGCUGGGGUAGUCUCCAGCCGCCACCUCGACCCUACGUUAGAAAAUAGAUCCAUAUGAAGUAGAGAGCAGCCCCAGGAUACCGUCAGGCGGCUCACACGACUCCGUCCGCUCUCCGUAAUGAGUCGCGUUUUUCGUUUAGUAACGAAGAGACGUGGCCCGCGCCCGUGACUGUUUCCAGGCUAAGCUAACAGCCUGCUGCUACUUAACCCAGACAUGGUGGUGAUUUCAGUGUUUUCCCGACCGAUUCAAGUAUUUCAGUGUUUCCCACGUGUUUCGUUGUGGGUGAGGGGUACGUGCAGUGCCGGGGGAGCUUUCUAAGUACUUAAGUUUGAGUUUUUCUCAGUAAAUACUUCAUUUGCUAGAUUUUCUUUGAUUCCUAAGAAUCAGAGAUGGGGAGAAAAAUACAGGCUAGCCAGCUAGCAGUUAGCAGGGAGGCUCAGCUGCAGGUGAGAGGUGGCAGCAUCUGAAAACAAAAAAACAAGAAUAAAAAUCAUCAAAUUGUAAAUAAAUCUCAAGACUGACAUUCCAACUUCUUCUCUCAGCUGUUUGUUGUUUUGUCUAAAUGUUCACAUUUACUAUCAAAUGAUUCUUUUCUAAUCACUGUAAGCACUCUGACUUUUUUUUAAACCUUUGUGUGCAAUCUUUUUAUACUGAUGUGCUGGAGGUCCAGGUCGAGUUUUACUUUCUUUUACUUCUUUUGCUAGGACAGUUAUAGUUGAGACAUAUUUAAAUGUUACAAGUGGUUUUGUAUUUACUUCAUGUGCACGUUUGAAAGCUUCUGCACUUUAUCUGAGACGAGGAGCAAAUUGUGACCAAGUGUGGGAAAAAGUCCGUCUGGUGCUGCUGUGGUACCCAAACACCUUCCUGCAGACUUAAAGUCAUGACUGAGUGUUUUCUCCCCAGGAUAAGUUUACGGGACUUGUGCAUACCUUUAGUUCUCUUUAGAUCACUACACUGUGUUCCAGAUGAAGGACACCCGACUUUUCUUCUUUUCUACAUUACAUUAAAAGUUCGUUUCAA